CGCAUCAUUGAUGCGCAGUCGAGUGACUGAUCCAUUCCAGCCACAGUUCCCAUGAAUGAAUCACGAUGCUUGGUGUUUUACUCCGAAAUGCAUCGAUUGUGAGCUGACAGCAUGGGGGAACCGGACCCGAAAGUGAUUAAGAGGACCCAGGAAUCACUGGGGAAGUUCGUGAAAAAACCCCCUCUCACAGAAAAGUUGUUGAAGAAACCACCGUUCCGGUUCUUGCACGAUGUUAUUCACGCCGUUAUUAGGGAGACGGGAUUCCUCGAUGGGCUCUUCACAGAGCAUGAGCUGGACUCUAACAAUGUUAAAGACAAGGACAGCAAGGUGGCCUUCCUGGAGAAGGUUAUUAACGCCGUCCUGAUGGUGACUGGUGAGCCUUUGGCUGUGAAACCCUCAAAAGUUGUGGCUGGUCAUGAGCCUGAGAAGACAAACGAGUUCCUGCAGGCUAUUGCCAAGGCACUUAACAACAAUAUGGAUAGCACCACUGCUGUUCAACGUGUGCUUGCUGGUGAAAAGCCUCCAAAAGUUGGCCAUAAGAAAGCAACUGGAGAGAAGAAAAAGGCAGAAGAGAAGAAGUCAGAGGAUGGAAUCAAGAAGGCACCUGCCAAGGAGGAAAAAGGGAAAAGAGGAACAGAUACAGGAAAAGGGAAAGGAACUUCAGUCACAGAGAAAAAGCGAACCACAACUCGUAGCAAAGAGAAUGCUCAGUCCUCAAGAGUGGAAGGAAAGGAUGCCCGACCAAGGGCAAGUGUGGGUGGGAGAGGGAAACGGUCUCCGCUCAAAGAGGCAAGCCAGGAUCGACCUGUGCCUGUCCUCAUUGGGAAUUUAGAAGACCACAUGGCAGAGGGAGUGCACACUUUGCAAAAUGGAGAAGAAGAUGGCUUUGCAUUUCAGGGUGCUGCUGCUGAGCAAGAUUUCCUGCAUGGUUCUAUGCCUGAGUCACAUGCAGUUGAGAAUGGUGUGAACAUUGAACACGAGGCACUGGAGCCUCAACCGCCCCUUGAGAUGCAGAACAGCCCUGAGACUAUGAAACCAAAUUAUGGGUUCUUUGAUGAGAGUGAGACAUCCACUGUCUUAGUUCUGCCUAGCUUGGACACAUCCUUGCAUGAUAUUGUGCGCUAUCCAAUGGACAUAGUCACCAAUACUGUUAUUAACACUCUGAUCGGGAACACAGGAGAGCCUGAUCUCGAACACGAAGUUACAAUGAAGGAAAGCGAGCCAGAAAAUGCAGGACCAUCUCCAAUGAACCAGGAACCAAGGCCCUCCACUUCUCGUGAACCCAUUGAUGAUGGUUUCUUUGGUGGUCGCAGUUCAAGGCUCGAUUCUCAUCUUGACCUACAUGCUGAUCAAGGGAUGUCCCUGGAUAUCGGUCGAAGCUCUCCUGUCAUGGACAGUGGGAUUGCAAGCAAGAGCUCCUCAGCUGAAUCCAUGGGAUAUGGGAUGGAACGGGAGCAGGGCUUGUCCCCACCGGGUCAGUAUUCCCCCGCUGCAUCUCCUCGACCUGGAACUUCAGCUGCAAGUGGAUCCCCACUUCCAACUGCUGCAGCAUUACCGGAGCAUUCUUUUGCCAGGCCUACUACUGGCAUGAGUCGACCAGUGACAGGGAAAGGGAGACCAAUGACAAGUGGAGGGCGUCGAACAGCACGCCCUCCUAGUGCCAGGCCAGCCCCACCCCGUAUCAGAGAAAAGAGUGCUAUAUCCCGCAGUGGAGACGAAGAAAACAUAGGUGGAGAAAUCCACCGUCCCCAGACUGGGAAAGUGGCUAAUGUCAUCCUGGACACCAACAAGAGUGGAGCCAGUGCAAUGGAUGACGAUGAUGAUGCUUUUGUUGUUCAGGAGACUCCAGCCCCUGAUGAUCUUCUGGAGAGGACCCAGGAGUUGGAAGGUAUAGAAGAUGGGCAGCAUGGUGUCCUAGUCUCUGAGAUACUUCAUGCCAAGAGUGAACUUGAAGCACCCACUAAUGACAAAGCCCACAUUGAAAUUGAGCGUGAUGAAUAUAGUGACACAAAUCGCCGUCGGGAACGAGAGAUGGUGAUGAAAGAAGUGACUGGUCUGAGGGCAUCCAUUCAAAACCUCACACGUCAAGCAAAUCCCCUUGGGAAACUAAUGGAUUUCAUCCAAGAGGAUCUAGACUCAAUGACACGGGAACUCAAGCAAUGGACAGAUGAAUACCAGCGACUCUCAUUGGAUCUUAACCGAGAGCAAGCGACAACAGAGGGGUCACUGGAGCCAUUGAGAGGAUUUCUGGCAGAAUUGGAGCAGGGAAUUGAGGAUCAGUUGGACAAGAUUGGAGCUGUGAAGUCCAAGAUCCUCCGAAAUGAGGAGCGUAUACAUAAGAUGCUCCAAGGCAUUAGUUCCACCAAGUGACCUCCCUCUUUUUCAAUUCUGCUCACUCUCCGAGUAUUAUCUAUUCUCUCUUGCUGUUAUUCGGCCUGGUGACAAUAACUGUCGAUGUUGUUGUGUUGAACCUACUGUAGAUAUUGUUGUUGGAUGCAGAGAGAUUCAGACUGCACCAAAGGGAGUCAUGAGUUACUUUUUUUCUCCACAUAAAUUUGCUCUAUUAGGUAACUCUUCUGUAUUCACUCUCUCAAUCUCUUUGUUGAGCCAUUUUGUAGACUUUUUCAGUACUGUUAAAUUGAUUUUUGUUGGAUAUUUUUAUUGUUGAUCUGGCUUCUUGAAGCUUUGCUUUCUCACAGAACUAGUCAUCUCAAUUGAUGUGAUUCAUCUGUUGUGAUUAUUAAAUUAUUUUUUUUAGUUGUAUCAUGUGCCCUCAAGUUGAUGUGCAAGACUGCAGUUCUCUGCAUCAUGAUGUUAGAGCCAGUGAAUCUAGUGACCCACAAGGAUCUCACCGAAUGAAAAGAGAGUACCUGACAUGAUAAAGAAAAUUUCUAAUUGUGGAACAUAUUUUACACUUCUUGCUGUAAAUACAUAAAAUUUUCUCUAAAAAAAAGGAAUUGUAUGGAACUGAUGAGCCAAUCUUGGCCUAAGAAUUUUGAACGUGAUGCCCUAGGUAUUCAAUUCAUCAAUGGCAUUGAAUUGCUGACAUACAAAUAGUGCUUUUUUUUUGCUGGUGGAUUUUCUCAAAUUUUUAACCUAUAGGAAACAAUUCAUGUAUAUCAAUCUAGUCUGUGAAAUGCUCUGGAAGGUGAUCUUUCCAUGCACCAAAUCCAUUCCGUCCUUGGUGUGAUACACCCCUGAAUCCUGUACAGUGUGACUGGAUGAUGAUGAAUCCAGUGCAGACCAGUAUUUUUUCCUGUCUUGGUUUACACCAUCCCUUGCAAUAAAGUUGGGGUUCAAUUAAAUCA